AUGAGGACAAGCAGCUUUCCUGGGAAGGCUGUUGGAGUCAUAAGUGGAGGCCAAACUGCUCCUGCUAAGCUGCACCACCAAAUGGAAAAGCAAUACCUUUCUCUGCUGAAUUUGUGUCAGUCAUCAAUGAGGAAAGCUGCUGCCCUUGUGGUCGAUAUGAUAUGCCAAAAAAAGAUGGGUAAAUGUGCAUUAUUACUUGCUGGUCCUCUUCGUACCGGGAAAACUGGUCUCGCCCUUGGAAUGAGGAGUUCUUGGCUGUCGAGGAUUCCACUCGAGCUUCCGAACCUCUCAGGGAGGCUUGUUUCUGAACUUAGAGGUUGCCUACUUGGUCGUCAAUCAUUCUUUGACAAUAAUCCGAUGAAUUACACUGACAUUGGAGGAGUUCUUGGCUGUCAAGGAUUCCACUCGAGCUUUCAAAUCUCUCAGGGAGGCUUGUCUCUGAACAUAGACGUAUUAAUUCGGCCUGGUCCUGUGGUAGAUUUUCUUAUUGAAAACCAAAAUGUGAAGGAUCCCUUUUCUAUUGACUGGGCAAAGGAUCAAAUAAAAAUUGAAACAAAGCUGAGCAACAUACGUUUAUUGCAAAACUUUGCAAGUUUAAACUUCCAUCAACGGCCUUGUUUUCAGUCAUCUAAAGGUGAUAAUGAAGUAUUUGAAUUUGCAAGAUCAAAAAACAAGAAUAUUUUGGAUAUAUUUGUUGAAAUCGGAAUGGGGCAGAUGGAUUACUAUGAAAAUGACUUUGAAGAUGUCAUGCUUCAAGAUACUGCUGCAUUUUAUUCAAGAAAAGCAUCAAACUGGAUUGUGGAAGAUUCUUGUCCAGAUUACAUGAUGAAGGCAGAGGAUUGCUUGAAGAAGGAGAAGGACCGAGUAUCUCAUUAUCUACACUCCAGCAGUGAGACAAAGCUUUUGGAGAAAGUACAAAAUGAAUUGUUGGUGGUAUAUACCAAUUAUUUGUUGGAGAAGGAGCAUUCUGGAUGCCGUGCAUUGCUUAGAGAUGAUAAGGUGGAGGAUCUUUCCAGGAUAUACAGGCUCUUCCACAACAUUCCAAAAGGAUUGGACCCCGUUGCCAACAUGUUUAAACAGCAUGUCAUUUCUGAAGGUAUGAUUUUAGUCCAACAUGCUGAAGAUGUAGUGAGCCGCAUGGUCAGUCUUUGA